UGACUGACUGACUAGAGGUGUCAGAUUCAUGGAUGAUGAUGUUCUUGGUGAUGGUCCAGACAGUCAUCAUUUUUCCAACAAGGCAUCAUGUGGAGGUCUUUCUUGCGAAAAUGUUUCAUCUGAAGCUGCUAAUUCCUUCAAGUUUAUAAACCAAGUAUUAAUGGAUGAUGAUGACGAUCUAGAGAAUAUUGAUACCUGCAUGAUCCAAGAAUCCAUACUUGAUGCUACAGAGAAAUCUCUCUACGAUGUCCUCUACAACAAUAGUAUUGAUUUCCCAUCUGAAGAAGCACUAUCUUAUGCAUAUGAUGAUUUGGGAGAAUUGAGAAAUAAAAACAUGUCCUCUUAUGAUGCUAAGCCCUGGCUUGUAGAUCUUUUUAAUAAUGCAAUGUCCCUCCGUGACCCGUCGUCGUCAUCAUCAUCAAUGGAUUUGAAUGCGAAAAUUCAAUCAAAGAGAUCCACUAGUCAGGGCAAUUUCCCCACUAGGAAAAGGAAAAAGGAAGCGGUUGAUUUGAGGGCUCUCCUGCUUAAAUGCAUGGAAUAUCUAUUAAUGAAAAGUGAUCACCAGGAAGCCAAACAUCUUCUGAGUCAGAUACAACAACUGUCUUCUCCUUCUGGCAAUGGAACCCAAAGACUAGCUCAUUAUUUCUCUAUCGGUAUUGAGGCACACUUAGAAUCAAAAAACCUGUUGAACAAGAACCUUUCCCUUUUCUUCGAUUUAGAUAAAUUAAAAGCUUACAAGCUGUUCUUUGCUGCAUUUCCUCUCCUUAAGACAUCAAAUUUCGUCGCAGCAGAAAAGAUUGUUGAAUUAGCAGAAAAAGCAGGCACCAUUCAUCUAAUCCAUUUUGGAGAUCUUAUUGCCCUUCAUUUGGCCCCAAUCAUUCAACGCCUGUCAAAAAGACCUGGGGGACCUCCCAAGCUUCGGAUCACAGGGAUAGACCUUUAUGAUGAGGGUGGUCCCAAUCUAGAUGUCAAGCAGAUGGAACACCUCCUAGAGAAAUACUGUGAGAAGCUUAAUAUUCCAUUUGAAUGCAAUGGAGUUGCACUAAAUUGGAGAACUUUAUCCAUUGAUGAUCUAAAGAUGAAGGGGGGUGAAGUGCCGGUUGCUAUGUGUUUCUUCUGCAUGCACUAUUUAUCGGAUGAAACGAUUUGGCAUGCUGAUGAUAGCCCAAGAGAUGAUGUCCUGAACUUAAUUAAGAGGAUCAAUCCUGAUAUCUUUAUUCAUGGAACAACAAAUGGCACGCAUAAUUCUCCAUUCUUGAUAACCAGAUUCAGGGAUGCUCUUUUCUAUUAUUCUAUCUACUUUGAUAUUUAUGACACUAUCUUUUCCAUUGAUGACCCAGAUAGGACGUUUUAUGAGGAGUUAUGUGGGAGGCACAUUUUAAAUACCAUUGCAUGUGACGGACUUAAAAGGGUUGACAGACCAGAGACGUAUAGGCAAUGGAACUCUCGGAUGCUGAGGAAAGGGUUCAGACAGUUGCCUCUGAACCGACAGAUUGUGGAGAAAGUUGCAACUUUGGUAAAGACCAAUUAUCAUAAAAACUUCUUUGUGGACGAGUCCUGUCAAUGUAUGGUACAAGGAUGGAAGACACGAGUCUUAAUGGCUCUUUCUUUCUGGAAACUGGCAUAAAAGAUUUCUGGAUAAAAUUUCUUUCUCACUAGGGGUGACUUCUUGUCAUAUUAUAUACAAGAUUUGUUAUUUACAUACUGCUAUAUCUGGGGUUACAUUCAGAUAGAGAGAUGACAUCAUGGGUGGAUGGAUUAUUAGGCAUUAUAAUUGCUUUUGUUGAUGUUGUGUUUGUAUAUUAAUUUGUUCUAAGUUUUGCAAGUGCUUUUUUGCUCCUUGUUA